AUGAGUAUUAUCGGUUUACUCUAUUCUCACAAUGGAUCAUAUUUAUUAAGUAGUGAUGAAGAAGGUGAUUUAUGUUUAUCAGAUGCUAAUGAUAAUUAUAAAUUACAAAAAACUGUUGCUAAAGCUUUAAUAGCAUCAGAAAAAGGACCACCGCCAUUAUCGAUUAGUCCAGAUGGUAAAUAUGCAGCUUAUGUUGGACCUACAAAAUUUAUUGUUACAAUUAUUGAAAUAAAUACUCUUAGUCAAACAUUACAAAUUGAUAUAAGCAAUUGUACAUUAAUGACAAAUGAUCAACAAACAAUAACAUCAUUAGAAUCAGCUUUAUUUGCACGUUUUACACCGAAUCGAUAUCUAUUCGUUGCAACAGCAAAUUUUAAAUUACUUAAAUUUGAUUCAUAUACUGGAAAACUAUUGAAUAUUAUUGAUAAUAUCCACAAACAUUCAUUCGAUAGUCUAACUUUAUCUUCAAAUGGUCAAUAUCUCAUAACUGGUGGUGAUGGUAUGUUAAAGUUUUGGGAUGCUAAUAUGAAAUUAGAUAUAAAUUUUCAAAAUUUCAUUGGUCAUUCUGAACAAGUACGAAAAGUAUUUUUUACUGAUGAUAAUAUGCAUGUUGUAAGUAUUGGAGAUUCAAUAUUAAUAUGGAAUGUUCUUGCUUGGAAUACCUUACCACCAAAAAUGCCAAAUAAUGCACAAUGUAUUGUUUCUCCACAGUUGAUGAUGACAAAAAUUCUUGAACAUACAUUAGUUCGAUCAAGUUCAGAUCAAUCAAGAAAUUCAUCAGAAUUAUUUCAUGUUUCUCAAGAAACAAACGAACGUGCUAUUACACGAUCAUUAUCAAAUUUAGAAAUUGAUAAAACAGUGAAUAUCUUUCAAGAAGAAAAAAAAAUUAUUAAUAAAAAAUUACUAACAAAACAAACUGAUAAUGAGCAUUUUUCUUCUCUAUCAUCUAUUCGACGUCACUUCAUUCAAAGAAUUAAUCAUUCACAAUUAGCAAAAAAACGAUAUAUAGCACCAAUUAAUCAAGAAAAUCUAAAACUUCAAACAAUUAUUGGUUACAAUGGUAACGGACGUGAAAAUCUUGUUUGGCAUCCUCAUACAGGUUUUUUUGCAUAUACUGUUGGUUGUAAUAUUAUUGUAGAAAAUCUAAAUAGUAAUCAUCAAACUAUUUUAACUGGACAUACAGAAGAAAUAUCAACUAUAACAUUAUCAAGUGAUGCAACGAUUUUAGUCAGUGCUCAAUGUUCAAUACCAAUAAAGAAAGAAGAAUUACAAGUAAAGAUGAUUGUUUGGGACACAAAAACACUUCAACAAAAAACAUAUUUUCAUGUAUCAGUUCAAGCAAUUCAAUCCAUGGCUUUUUCGAAAGAUGAUCGUUUUCUUAUUACAAUUGGUAAUUAUCGAAAACCAAUGAUGAGCCUAUGGUCAAAAAAUAACUUUACACAUUUACUGAACUGGCACGAUGAACAUUCAUCAUUUUAUAUAAAUUGUCUUGCUUGGAAUCCAAUACGGACUAAUGAAUUUUGUCUUGGUGGUUCACAUGGUUUUAUUCGUUUUUGUACCAUUAUUGAACAAGCAGAUGAUAAGAAAUUACAUUUGCAAGUUGUUAAUGAACAAAUUCCAUUAUUAUUAAAUGAACAUAAAAAAACAUCAUGUGAUAUAACAGCAUGUGUUUAUUUAACAUCAAUUGUAAAUCUUGUUUUAUGUGCAACAAAUAAUGGUUUAAUAACAUGUUGGAAUAGUCGUCUAAGUUUAUGUAUUCUUCAUUGGAAAGCUGAUUCAAAUGAAAUAUGUUAUAUAGCAACAACGAAUUAUAAAUUAUUGACUGGAUCAUCAACAGGAUGUUUAAAACUAUGGAAUAUAGAAACUCUUGAAACAAAUUUAGGACAAUUAAAUUCAAUUGAUUCAAAUUAUAGUUUAAAAAUGCAAGAUGAAUUUCAAUUAGAUGAUGGAAUAAUAAGUGGAUCAUUUGAUAGUACAUUCGACAUGGGUAUUAUUGGUACAUUAUGUGGAUCUCUAUGGUAUAUUUGUUGGACAACUGAUCGAUCAAUAACUCGACUUGUUGCAUCACAUACAGAUAAAAUAACUGAUUUAAUUCCUAUUGAAGAUACUCAUAUUGUUACAAGUAGUCUUGAUGGUACAAUACGAAUCUUUCAAUUAGAUGAUCGAAAUGAAAUUCUUCGUUUUAAUACAAAUGGAUUACAAGUAACUUGUUUAACAUCAUGGGAUAAUUCUAUUGUAUUAACGAAUAAUUCACUUCAUACAACAAAUUCUAUGAAAAAUAUAAAAUCAACUAUUCGAUCAAUUGUUACUGGAUAUAAUGAUGGAACAAUACGAAUUUUUAAUAUUUUACAUGAACAAAUGCAACUUAAAUUACAACCACAUGCAUCAUCAAUAACUGCAAUUCAUAUUCCUUUGCAUACAAUAAUUUGUCUUUCCGGUGCAUUGGAUGGUUCUGUUGCAAUAUCAAAUUUAGUACAAGGUAUUAUCUUACGUGUAUUGAAUGAACAUUGUCAUUCAGUACCAAUUUGUAUAAUUGAUUCAAAAAAAUUACUAGAAAACAAUUUUUAUAUGUGGUUAAUUACUAGUCAUGAUCGACGUAUUAGUUUAUGGAAAUCAAAUCAACAAUUUGAUUUAUGUUCAUGUAUCGAUUGGUUAACAUUAUCUACAUCUCAUACAACAACUAAUUGGCAAUCAUCUCCACCAAGUUUAGCACAUUUUAUUGAUACUAAUUUAAUUAUAUAUACGGAUUAUGAUAAUGAACAAUGUCUAAAAAUAUAUAAUAUUGAUACAAAACAAAUUAUACGAACAAUAUUAUUAAAUCAAUGGUGUUCAUGUUUUGAUUUAUUAACUAUGAAAAAUAAGAAUUAUUUAAUAGCUAUUGGUACAAAAGAUCGUUUAAUACAAUUAAAAGAUUAUACUCAGGAAACAUUUCAAGAUUUUAUUGGUCAUAAUGAUAAAGUAUCAAAUAUAAAAUUUAAUAAAUCAAAUGAUAUAUUAAUAACAACAUCAUCAAAUGAAAUAUUUGUUUGGAAAAUCAUCUUAAAUUAG